UUUACAAUCGCCGCUUGAGUUGUAAUUUAAAGUUCUGUGAAUUUUUAAUCCUUAAAAUGAAGUUUUCAUUGCUUUUACUUGUUCUUGCUGCGGUUGCCAUUUAUGGAGCACCAGCUGAGGAAUCAACUAAAGCCAAACGUGGCUUAACUCUUGGAUUAGGCUAUCAUGCACCGCUUGUCACUCACUCUCAUUACGUUGCACCAGCAGUGGUUCAUCAUGCUCCAGCAAUUGUACAUCAUGCUCCAGCAAUUGUACAUUCUGCCCCACUUCUUACUCAUUCAUCCAUAAUAUCACAUCAUCCAGUAUCUUACCAUUAUCCCUCUUAUCACUCAUAUCACUUGAAAUAAGUGAAGUAGAAAUUCAACAUCACGAAAGCAAUAACAAAAAUAACAACACUCUCCAAGAAGAAUUUUAUAAAUUGCAAAGAAUAUUUUCCAAAACUUCAUCCUAGAUUCAACGAAAUUUCAAUAAAUUAAAUCAUUUUCAAACAUGCUGUAGGAGUCAUUGAGAGGUGUAGCGAUGUACGUUCGGAGGUGCAUAAAUUUGACAAAAACUUUUUAAGA